AUGAAAGGCAGAGAUGCUGCGCCCCUGACGCCGCGAGCCCGAGUCCAGCUGAACACAGGGAGUAAAUGCAACCUUCCGGGGCCCACCGAAAGACCGGGGAGCACGGGGGAAGGUGUCGGGCGGUGGCGGCGGUGUUGGCGACCUAGCCGGGGACGGGAAAGAGAGAGAGAGAGACCCACACACAAUCAGUGAGGAAGAGAGAGAGAAAGGAGAGGGAGAAAGGGGGAGAGUAGGGAUCUUACCAGACUAAUGGCUGCACUGCUAGUGGGAUUCCGCCUGGUUUUUCGACUCCUGUUCCUCCUGCCUCUCAGCUCUUUGUUUGCCGACGGACUGGGAAGGGGAGCGGCGCACUGCAGCCGGACUUUGGGCUCGUACCCCGUCCCUGGACCCGGUACGAGGACCCGCGGGGGAAGGGGCGUUGUUUUACCUGUUCUCUCAUCCCCGAUAAAAUAUGGCAAAAAGCCGUCUGUGCAAAGGACUAGAACGAACACCCAGUUACCCCCCCUUCAGCUGCUUUCUCCCUCCGCUAAAGUCGCCGCGGGGGGAGUCUUUGUGAGUGACCAACGCUUGGGAGAGCUUUCUGAAGCUCUGAACUCCAGAAAACAGCACCGCUCAGAACAGGUGGUGUACUCCGCGGCUCGCGCUGGUAGCCAAAUGCCAUCAGCACCACCAGUCCAAUGGACAGCUCCCAUCACAAGUUUCGCUCGUUGCACGUGGCUGGAAGACAAUAAACUUUCAGACGCAAUACGCUGGAGGAUUACAAAUAACAUGAACAACAACAACAACAACAACAACAACAACAACAACAACAACAACAGGGAAGACGCCGAUGAGACUAACAAGAAUCUGAGUGAUGCAGGUUUAGGUGCGACUCCGCGCGCACAUUCCCAGCAUACACCAAGGGAGGAGGCCCCGAAGGAGAGCUGCCAGGCCGCGUGCGUUGAGGCCGCAACUCGCGACAGCUUAAACACCGACGAGGGAGUCACGCGCCUGCAAUUAAAGCCCGGUAAAUUAGUGGCAUUACAGCACAGAGGUGUCAGUCAGCGGCAGGAGCAGCUGGGUCGCGAGGCUCAGGGGCGGGGGAGAGAAGGCGGGCAGGAGGAGGAGGAGGAGGAGGAAGAGGGGGAGUGGUCGGGUCCAGUAAAAACAAAGGCAACAAAAUGGACAGAUGUGAUUGAGCAAAGAGAAGAAGGGAAAGGUCAUGAAAACAGCACACGGGCAGAGGGAAGAAAACGUGGUGAGAAAUGGACAGGGGGGGAGAGCUAUGAGGACAGAGAAAUGAAGGGAUAUUUGGAUAGAGAGGGAAAAGAUGAGGACAGAGUGAGAGGGGGAUAUGAGGACGGAAAGAGAGAGGGAGAGGGUGACGAGGACAGGAAAAGAGAAGAGGGAGAGGGGGAUGAGAAGAAUGUCAGCCAGGUGUAUGGGGAUGCAGAGAGAGGGGGAGAUAUGUAUAGAGAGCGAGGAGGGGAGGGGGGAGAGGGAGAGGGGGACAGGGGGAAUCAGUCCCCCGCUCCGGCUCGACCCCGGCGUGCUGCAAACAGGCACCCCCAUUUCGCCCAGUAUAAUUUCCAAGUGCAGGUGGCGGAGAACCAGCCGCCGGGCACGUCGGUCAUCGCCAUGGCAGCGCAGGACCCGGACAGCGGGGAGGCGGGGCGGCUGAGCUACAGCAUGGCGCCGCUCAUGAACAGCCGCUCCAUGGACUUCUUCCACAUGGACCCCAGCACGGGCCUCAUGACCACCACUCAGGUGCUGGACCGCGAGCACAUGGACCUGCACUACUUCCGCGUGACCGCGCUGGACCACGGCUCGCCCCGCCUGUCGGGGACCACCAUGGUCGCCAUCACCGUGUCGGACCGCAACGACCACUCGCCCGUGUUCGAGCAGAGCGAGUACCGCGAGACCAUUCGCGAGAACGUGGAGGAGGGCUACCCCAUCCUGCAGCUGCGGGCCACGGACCUGGACGCCCCCUCCAACGCCAACAUCCGCUACCGCUUCGUGGGGGACGCGGCGGCCGGCCGGGCGGCCUUCGAGAUCGACCCGCGGUCGGGCCUGAUCGCCACGCGCGGUCCCGUGGACCGGGAGUCCAUGGAGCGCUACACCCUGCAGGUGGAGGCCAGCGACCAGGGCAAGGAGCCGGGCCCGCGCUCGGCCACGGUGCGCGUGUACAUCACCGUGCUGGACGAGAACGACAACGUGCCGCAGUUCACGGAGAAGCGCUACGUGGUGGCGGUGCGGGAGGACGUGCGGCCGCACUCCGAGGUGCUGCGCGUCAGCGCCACGGACGGCGACAAGGACAGCAACGCGGCCGUGCACUACAACAUCAUCAGCGGCAACAGCCGCGGCCAGUUCUCCAUCGACAGCGUGACCGGAGACAUCCAGGUCGUGGCCCCCCUGGACUUCGAGGCCGAGAGGGAGUACACGCUCCGGGUGCGGGCUCAAGACAAUGGCCGACCGCCCCUGUCCAACAACACGGGCAUCGUGAGCGUGCAGGUGACCGACGUCAACGACAACCCGCCCAUCUUCGUCUCCACGCCCUUCCAGGCCUCCGUGCUGGAGAGCGCCCCCAUUGGCCACUCCAUCCUGCACAUCCAGGCCAUCGACACCGACUCUGCCGAUAACGCCCGGCUGGAGUACCGGCUGACCGGGACCAGCCUGGAUACCCCCUUUGUGAUAAACUCGGCCACGGGCUGGGUGACCGUGAGCUCUGAGCUGGACCGAGAGGCGGUGGAGCACUAUUUCUUCGGCGUGGAGGCCAGGGACUACGGAGCCCCCCCGCUGUCGGCCUCCGCAAGCGUCACCAUUACGGUCAUGGACGUGAACGACAACCGGCCGGAGUUCCUGCAGAGGGAGUACUUUGUGCGCCUGAACGAGGACGCGGCGGUGGGCACGAGCGUGGUCAGCGUGACCGCCGUGGACCGCGACGUGAACAGCGCCGUCACCUACCAGAUCACCGGGGGCAACACGCGCAACCGCUUCGCCAUCAGCGCGGCGGGCGCGGCGGGGCUCCUCUCGCUGGCCCUGCCGCUCGACUACAAGCAGGAGCGGCGCUACGUCCUGACCGUCACCGCGUCCGACCGCACGCUGCACGACACCUGCCAGGUGCACGUCAACAUCACCGACGCCAACACGCACCGGCCCGUCUUCCAGAGCGCGCACUACUCGGUGAGCGUGGACGAGGACCGCCCGCCGGGCAGCACGGUGGUGGUCAUCGGCGCCACGGACGAGGACGUGGGGGAGAACGCCCGCAUCACCUACUUCCUGGAGGACAACAUCCCGCAGUUCCGCAUCGACCCCUCCAGCGGCGCCAUCACGCUCCUCACCGAGCUGGACUACGAGGACCAGAUGACCUACACCCUGGCCAUCACAGCCCGUGACAACGGCAUCCCGCAGAAGUCCGACACCACCUACGUGGAGGUGAACGUCAACGACGUCAACGACAACGCGCCGCAGUUCGUCAGCCCGCGCUACCAGGGAGCGGUCGGCGAGGACGCCCCGCCCUUCACCAGCGUCCUGCAGAUCUCCGCCACCGACCGUGACGCCCACGCCAACGGCCGGGUGCAGUACACCUUCCAGAACGGGGAAGACGGGGACGGCGACUUCACCAUCGAGCCCACCUCCGGCAUCGUCCGGACCGUGCGGCGUCUGGACCGCGAGAGCGUGCCGUUCUAUGAGCUGACGGCCUACGCGGUGGACCGCGGCGUGCCCCCGCAGCGCAGCCCGGUCCACAUCCAGGUGACCGUGCUGGACGUCAACGACAACGCUCCCGUCUUCCCGGCGGACGACUUCGAGGUCCUGGUCAAGGAGAAUAGCGUGGUGGGGUCAGUGGUGGCCCAGAUAACCGCCAGCGACCCCGAUGAGGGGGCCAACGCUCAGAUCAUGUACCAGAUCGUGGAGGGGAACAUUCCGGAGAUCUUCCAGAUGGACAUCUUCUCCGGGGAGCUAACCUCGCUGAUCGACCUGGACUACGAGGUGCGGUCGGAGUACGUGAUUGUGGUCCAGGCCACCUCUGCCCCCCUGGUCAGCCGGGCCACCGUACGAAUCCGCCUGGUGGACCAGAACGACAACGGGCCGUUGCUGCAGGACUUCCAGAUCAUCUUCAACAACUUUGUGUCGAACCGCUCCAACAGCUUCCCGAGUGGCGUGAUCGGCCGGGUGCCGGCACAUGACCCGGACGUCUCCGACCGGCUGCACUACUCCAUCCAGCGGGGCAACGAACUCCACCUCCUGCUGCUCAACCACAGCAGCGGGGAGAUUCGCCUCAGCCGCAAGCUGGACAACAACCGACCACUGACCGCCAGCAUGCUGGUCACCGUGUCAGACGGGCUCCACAGCGUCUCUGCUCAGUGUGUGCUGCGGGUGCUGAUCAUCACUGAGGACAUGCUGAGCAGCAGUGUGACAGUGCGCCUGCAGAACAUGUCCCAGGACCACUUCCUGUCCCCGCUGCUGGCGCACUUCCUGGAGGGCGUGUCGGCGGUGCUGUCCGUGCCCCAGGAGGACGUGUUCGUGUUCAACAUCCAGCCCGACGCAGAGGCGGGCGGCGUGCUCAACGUCAGCUUCUCCGCCGCGCUGCCAGGGGGGCGCUUCUACCCCUCCGAGGCCCUGGAGGAGCGGCUCUACCUCAACCGGCUGCGCCUCACCUCCCUGGCACAGAUGGAGGUUCUCCCGUUCGACGACAACGUGUGCCUGCGUGAGCCGUGCCAGAACUACAUGAAGUGCAUCUCCGUCCUGCGCUUCAACAGCUCGGCGCCCUUCAUCGCCUCGCCCACCAUCCUCUUCCGACCCAUCCACCCCAUCGCCGGGCUGCGGUGCCGCUGCCCCGUGGGCUUCACCGGGGACUACUGCGAGACGGAGAUCAACCUGUGCUACUCCAACCCCUGCCUGAACGGCGGCGUGUGUGCCCGGCGCGAGGGCGGCUACACCUGCAUCUGCCGAGAGAGCUACACAGGAGAGCACUGUCAGUGGGACCGGCGGCAGGGGCGCUGUGUGCCGGGGGUCUGUCGUAACGGCGGGACCUGUCGGGAGGAGUCCAGGGGGGGCUUCCGCUGCGAGUGCCUGGCUGGGGGGUACGAGCGCCCAGACUGUGCCAUCACCACGCGCUCCUUCCCCCCAAAAUCCUUCAUCAUGUUCCGCGGCCUGCGGCAGAGGUUCCACCUCACCGUGUCCCUCUCCUUUGCUACGCUGGAGAGCCGAGGUCUACUGCUGUAUAAUGGCCGUUUCAAUGAGAAGCACGACUUCCUGGCACUGGAGAUCCUGGACGGACAGGUGCAGCUAACAUACUCCACAGGUGAAUCCUCCACCCAGGUGAGCCCUUACAUACCAGGAGGUGUGAGCGAUGGGGACUGGCACACGGUCCACAUUCACUACUACAACAAGCCGAGGCGGGGCGUGGGGGGAGAGGGCCAGGGCCCGUCAGAUGAGAAGGUGGCGGUGGUGGCGGUGGAUGACUGCGACGCGGCCGUGGCCCUGAGGUUCUCUCAGCACCUGGGCAACUACAGCUGUGCCGCCCAGGCCCGGCAGACCAGCUCCAAGAAGUCUCUGGAUCUCACAGGACCCCUCUUUCUGGGAGGGGUGCCAAAUUUGCCUGAGAGCUUUCGCUUUGUGACUCGAGAGUUCAUCGGCUGCAUGAAGGAUCUGCACAUCGAUAACCGACCCCUGGACCUGGCUGGCUACAUUGCCAACAAUGGCACCCUCCCUGGCUGCAGCGCCAAGCUUCCCUUCUGUAAGUCCAACCCCUGCCAGAAUGGAGGAACAUGUCGAGUGAGCUGGGAAACCUUCUCCUGUGAUUGCCCCCUAGGGUUUGGGGGAAAGGACUGCAGCCAUGUAAUGCCUCACCCGCACCGUUUUCUGGGAAACAGCGCCCUCUGGUGGGACCUGAAAAAUGACGUCACCAUCUCCACCCCCUGGUACCUGGGCCUGGUGUUCCGCACGCGGGGGCGGGAGGGGGUGCUCCUGCAGGCACAGGCAGGACAGUACACCAGCCUGCUGUUCCAGCUGACAGGGGGCCAGCUGGUGUUCUCCAUCAGCCGGGGCUCUGCGCGGGCGGCGCGGCUGCGGCUGGACCAGGUGCAGGUGAGUGACGGGCGCUGGCACGACCUGCAGCUGGAGCUCAGAGACGUGCGCAGCGGCUCGGAGACGCGCUACGUGGCCACCGUCCGCCUGGAUUUCGGCCUCUUCCAGGGCACGGUGAUUGUGGGGAAUGAGCUGCACAGUCUGAAGGUGAAGCACCUGCAUGUGGGCGGAGUUUUAGGAGCGGGCGAGGUCCAGAGCGGAAUGAGAGGCUGCAUCCAGGGGGUCCGUUUGGGGGUCAGGCCUGACGCCCCCGCCCUGCCCCGCCCAACCCGAGCUGUGAAGGUAGAGGUUGGCUGCAGCGUGGGGAACCCCUGCAGCUCCUCCCCCUGCCCCGCCCACAGCCAAUGUGCCGACCAAUGGGAACGCCACUCCUGCGUGUGCGAGCCAGGCUUCUAUGGUAAGAGCUGCAUAGAUGCGUGCCACUUGAACCCGUGUGAGAAUGAGGCCCAGUGCCACCGGAAGCCCAGCUCGUCCCAUGGCUACGUCUGCGACUGCGGGGACAACCACUUUGGACAGUACUGCCAGAACAAGAUUGACCAGCAGUGCCCUCGUGGAUGGUGGGGCACUCCCACAUGUGGACCCUGCCAUUGUGAUGCCAGUAAAGGCUUUGACCCGGACUGCAAUAAGACCAGCGGCCUGUGCCUAUGCAAGGAGUUCUACUACCGGCCCCGGGGGAGUGACACCUGCCUGCCCUGCGACUGCUACCCAGGGGGGUCCUUCUCCCGGUCAUGUGACCCGGAGAAUGGGCAGUGCCAGUGUCGGCCUGGUGUGAUUGGCCGCCAGUGCAACAUGUGUGACAACCCCUUUGCUGAGGUCACACAGGCGGGAUGCGAAGUGAUCUAUGAUGGAUGCCCUAAGAUCAUUACCUCUGGGAUCUGGUGGCCCAGGACAAAGUUCAGUCUCCCAGCGGCUGUGCCCUGUCCCAAAGGCUCUGUGGGUGCUGCCAUCAGGCAUUGUGAUGUGGAGAGGGGUUGGGUGGAUCCGGAUCUGUUUAACUGCACCUCCCCUCCAUUUGUGGAGCUCAAUGCAGCGCUGGAGUCAGUGGAGAGGAAUGAGACGGAGCUCAGCACCAUUGCGGAGAAGAAACUGGCUCAUCAGCUGCGUGAUGUCACAGAGGCCACGUCGCGUCUCUAUGGAAACGACCUGCAGAUAGCCGAGCGUCUGCUGUCGCGUCUGCUCGCCUUCGAGAGUCGGCAGAGCGGCUUCGGUCUGACUGCCACGCAGGACGCCCACUUCAACGAGAACGUUCUGCGGGGCUGCAGUGCGCUGCUGGGCCCCAGCAGCGCCACCCUGUGGCGAGGACAGAGCGGGACAGGCGAGCGGGGCGCCGCCGGCCUCGCCGAGCUGCUGGAGCUGUACGCUCGGACCCUGGCCCAGAACAUGAAGCUCACCUACCUCAACCCUGUGGCCCUGGUGGCUCCCAACAUCGUGAUGAACCUGGACCGCGUGGAGAACCACACUCAUGUACGCAGGCGUUUCCCCCGCUACCACAGCAGUCUGUUUCGUGGCCAGACUCUCUGGGACCCUCACACACACGUGGUGCUGCCCCCUGCUGCCUUGGUCCCGCAACGACCCUCCGCACUCUACCCCAGCAGUCUCCACACGCCAGUCAGCGUGCGGACCAAUCGCACGCCGGAGAUCCCUGUGCUGAAGCGCGCUGUCACCGCCCCGGACCCGCCCAUCACCAUCGUCAUCCUGCUGAUCUACCGCAGCCUGGGCGUGGCUCUCCCGGCCAAGUACCACACGGACCGCCGCGGAGUCAGACUCCCCAGGCACCCUGUGAUGAACUCCCCCAUCGUGAGCGUUACGGUCUAUAAUAACCAGUCCUUCCUGGAGGGGGGGCUAGAGUCACCUCUCCUGCUGGAGUUCCGCCUGCUGCAGACCACCAACCGCAGCAAGCCCCUGUGUGUGCAGUGGAACCACAGCAGCAUGCUGGAAGCAGGAGGCUGCUGGACAGUCAGGGACUGCAGUGUUGUGUACAGAAACACCUCACACGUGCGAUGCCAGUGUCAGAGACUGGGCACGUUCGGGGUCCUGAUGGACAGCUCCCAGCGCGAGCAGUUGGAGGGGGAUCUGGAGACGCUCGCCGUGGUGACAUACACCUCCCUGUCGGUGUCCCUGUUGGCUCUGCUUCUGACGGUGAUGGUGCUGUCCUGCCUGAGAGGGCUCAAGUCCAACACCCGCAGCAUCCACUCCAACACGGCCGCCGCCAUCUUCCUGUCCGAGAUCGUCUUCCUGCUGGGCAUCAACCAGACUGAGCAACAGUUCCUCUGUACUGUCAUUGCCAUCCUGCUUCAUUACUUCUUCAUGGCCACGUUUGCCUGGCUGUUUGUGGAGGGGCUGCAUAUCUACCGCAUGCAGACGGAAGUGCGCAACAUCAACUACGGAGCCAUGAGGUUCUACUACGCCAUUGGCUGGGGCGUGCCCGCCAUCAUCACAGGUCUGGCUGUGGGACUGGAUCCCGAAGGCUAUGGGAACCCGGACUUCUGCUGGAUCUCUGUCCAUGACAAGCUCAUCUGGAGCUUCGCUGGACCCAUUGGCAUUGUUAUUGUGGUGAAUGGCGGGAUGUUUAUGGUUGUUGCGCGUAUGUCCUGCAGCCCCUCACAGAAGGAAACCAAGAAACAGUCAGUUGUUGCCACCAUACGCAGUGCCACCAUUCUGCUUGUUCUGGCCAGCUCCACCUGGUUCUUUGGGCUGAUGGCUGUGAAUAACAGUGUCCUGGCCUUCCACUACCUCUACACUGUACUAUGCUGCCUGCAGGGUGUGGCCGUGUUUCUGGUGUUUUGCCUGCUGAAUUCCGAGGUGCAGGAGGCCUGGAAACUCUCCUGUUUGGGGAAGAAGAGCCCAGCUGAGGACCCACCACACACCGCCCAGAUAACUGGUCCAAAUCCCUACAACAGUGCCUCCUUGCUGGAGCAGAGUGGACUACAUCGCAUCACACUGGGAACCUCCACCAUCUCUUCAGUCAGCAGCGCGAGAGAGAAUCUGCUGGCCAGACAAACCCUGGAGCAGAACCUGCUGAGUCACACUGGAGCCACAGACCUGGAUGUGGCUAUGUUCCACAGAGACGGAGGUGAAGACUCUGACUCAGACUCAGACCUCUCUCAGGACGAGGACUGCAGUCUGUCCAUCCCGUCCUCUGAGAGCGAGGACAACGUCCGUCUCCGCGGACGCAUCCAGCGACGGUUCAAACGCUCCAAUCACAGCGAGCGGCUACUCACAGAGCCCGCCCACAAUGGCACCAAAGACCUAGAUGGGAACGACCUGCUCUCCUAUUGGCCAGCGCUGGAGGAGUGUGAGGCUCACUCGUUGCAGAAGUGGGGCUCAGAGCGCCGCCUAGGGGCGGACUUCAGUAAGGACGCGGCCAACAACAACCAGCCUGAUGCAGCUCUAACCAGUGGAGACGAGAGCGGAUUAACCCAGCCCCACCACCACCGCAAGGGCAUCCUGAAGAACCGCUUGGGCUGCCCGCCGGCGCUCUCCUCCAUGGGCCGGGUGCCGAGCGAGCUGUCCUGGUACCGCACGUCCACGCUGGGCCACCGGGCGGUCCCGGCCGCCUCCUACGGGCGCAUGUACUCUGGCACGGGCUCCCUGUCCCAGCCGGCCUCCCGCUACUCCUCCCGCGAGCACCUGGACUCUCUGUCCCGCCGGCAGCUCUCCCGCCAGGCGGGCGGGUCCCGGGACGGGCUGGAGCACACCCCGCCCAGCCGCCACGGUUCCCGCGACAACCUGGACCUGCUGCCGCGGCGGCGGGAGAACCCGGGAGGGUCGCGGGACCGGCUGGACGGCUCCAGGGAGGACCUGACGGGCUCCCGAACCCAGCUGCACCCCCUGACCCAGCGGCAAGCCUCUCGCGAACACCUGGGCGGGGCGCUGAUGAGCAGCCGCUCCCGCGAACAUCUGGAGAGCAACGGGGCGGGGGCCCCCUGCAGGGAGUGGCUCCGGACCCUGCCCCCCCGCCAGACCUCGCACCCCGAGCAGCCCCACCCCCCGUCCCCGCCCCCACCCCCCAUCGCCGAGCAACAGGAGCCACAGGAGCCGCCGCCCCCCCGACGUGGCAGGCUGGACUCAGCCCCGCCCUGUAGGUACCCCUCCCCCCCGGCCCCGCCCAGCCGACACCCGUCCAACGAGCACCUGGACAUCCUCUCCUCCAUCCUGGCCUCCUUCAGCUCCACGGUGCUCGCUCCUCCCGCCCCGCCUCCUCCGGGACCCUCCCCCUCCCCCCCUCACUCUACUACCUCCCACAGCAUCUCCGAAAUCUCCCCGGACACCGAAGUGAACAGAAGUGAAGGGCAGUCUUGAUGACACACCCAUAUCCCACAAUGCACUGUGCCUCUACCACAGCACAGGGGACAGCAAGGACAGAGACCACUGAGGCAUCCUGGGAUAUCGGAGGACUUUUUGCAUGCCACAAUUGAAAGGAUGUGAGCAGGAAAUGAUGGCAGAAGGAGAGAAAAAGGAAGAGAGGGAGGGAAAUAUGGAAUCUGCACCGUGAUGACCUUUUGACCUGUCGCACUACACACACGAGAGGAGGGAGCAGCCGUUAAAGACUGUAAAUACGUUUUUUUAUACAUUUUGUAUCUUUUUCAUCAGAGAUGGAAAAAACAUUUCUAUUGUGUUGUUUUUAAAUUUGAGGAUAUUGUCCAGCAAGAGAAGUGUGUAUUGCUAUCUCUCCAGGUUUGGGGCGGGUGGGCUAUAACAUUGGAAAACUCAAACUCUGUGACCUUUACCCUGGAAGCUAACCCUAAUGAAGCACAACACAAUGGGUGCAUCCCAAAACUCUGAAAAAUGCAUCCCCCUUUCCUCCACCCGUCUUUUUCUCCUGUCUGGAAGUAUGGGGGGAGGAGGAAAAGAGGAUUCAUUUUUCCAGUAUUGGGACGCGCCCAAUUUCAUAAAUCUGUAUAUUGGACCUCUGUUUUUGGGGCGUGUUUGUGUUUGAAACUCUGAUAUGCUGGUAAACUACCUAUGCCACUUCCUUUCAGACUUUUCCAUCAUGAUAGUGCCCCCUAUUUUUUUCAUGAGAGUAAAAGCAGUAUUCAAAGAUCGCCAAACCAUUUAUCAACUGAGAUUGAAGUAUAAAUCAUCAAUGCGUAUCAAAUACACUCAGUGAGCACUAGGUAUUUAUUAUUAUUAUUUCUUAGACUUAUAGGUCUUCUACUGCUGUAGCCUAUCCAUUUAGAGUUAUGAUGUGUUGUGUGUUCAGAGAUGCUCUUCUGCACACCACUGUUGUAAUGUGGGGUUAUUUGCAUUACUGUCACCUUCCUGUCAGCUUUGACCAGUCUGGCCAUUCUCCUCUGACAUCUCUCAUUAACAAGGCAUUUCUGUCUGCAGAACUGCUGCUCACUGGAUGUUUUUUUGUUUUUUUGCACCAUUCUUUGCAAACUCUAGAGAUUAGUGUGUGUGAAAAUCCCAGGAGAUCAGCGGUUUCUGAGAUACUCAAACCGCCCGGUCCGGCAUCAACAAUCAUUCCACGGUCAAAGAUUACAUUUCUUCCCCAUUCUGACAUUUGGACUAAAAAAAAGCUGAACCUCUUGACCAUGUCUACUUGCUUUCAUGCAUUUAGUUGCUGCCACAUGAUUGGCUGAUUAAGUAUUUUCAUUAACAAGCU